CUUACACGGGGACAUGGACAGGAAGUGGAAGAACCAAGCACUGUUCUGAGACAAGAAGUUUUUUUCAAGCUUUUGAAUUGUGGACAGCCACAAAAAUGCCCCUGGAACCACAUAUGUGGCAGUUCCCUCAGAAACUGAACACGGUUUGGAGAAUCAAGAGCCGUUUGGCAAUCUCAUCAGUUGGAUUUAUUAGUAAAAUUGUUGUUGGAUUAAAUAAUUUUAAGGUUGUGAACAAGCAAACAUUGACGAGGAACAUACAGGAAACUGGCAAUGGUCGUGGACUGAUCACAGUAACUAAUCAUCAUAGUUGCCUUGAUGACCCAACUUUGUGGGGUAUCCUUGGCUGGAAAUUUGUGUUUGGGAAAGUUGGGGAGAAGAUGAGGUGGACAUUAGCAGCGGACAAUGUCUGCUAUACCAGCCCAUUCAAUGCCAAGUUUUUCUGCCUUGUCAAAAGUAUCCCUGUUGUUAGGGGGGAUUCCGUGUACCAGCGAGGUGUGGACUUUGCCAUCGAAAAGUUAAAUAAUGGUGAAUGGGUGAAUAUUUUUCCUGAAGCCAGAGUCAAUCAAAGUCAGGAGUUUCUCCGGUAUAAAUGGGGUGUUGGAAGAAUGAUUGCAGAAGCUAAAGAAUUACCAGUUGUGAUACCAUUCUUCCAUGUCGGUAUGGACAAUGUAUCACCCAACACAGGACAGUUUAAAUAUUACCCAAGGUUAUUCAAGAGAGUGACCAUGGUUAUUGGUGAUGCAAUCAACUUUUCUGACAUCAUUAAUCAGAAGGAUAAACUCUCUCCAGUGGAGCUGAGAAAGCAGCUAACAGAUUUAAUACAAGAGAGGAUGGCAGAACUGAAAGUGCAGGCCGAGUCUAUACACAAGCAGGCAGCUUCCUAACACAGGCCCAAAUCCUCCACCUACUGUUUUAACUCAGGAUCUGUCAUCAUAGCAGGAGGAAACGCCAUUCUCCUAUAUCCCUGUGUGUAUGUUUGUAGAGUCACUAUCUCAUGUGUGUGGGUGUGUUGGAUAUCUCUAUUACUUAUUUCUGUGUGUGGAGGAUGAAUACAGAUCAUUAUUAUAAGCAGACAAAUCCGGUCGUCGUGUAGUAUGAUUACAGAUCAUUAUUAUAAUCAGACAAAACAUCUUGUCGGAGAGAGGCUUGGAGACAACACAAGUUGACUGCAAAAAUCCUGUUGUUUGGUAAGACCCUUAUCAGCUACCAUCAGAUCUUUUGUUACAUGCAUGAAGUGUAUUUGUGAUGAUCUGUAUUUUAAUCGGAUUGUAUAGGAUAUCUUUUCCUGUCAUAUCUGUGUGGUCUUCAGGACUCUCCUUUAUUUGAUCUAUUUGAAAUACAGUAGCAUGUUUUAUCUAGGGAACACAACUGCUAAAUGGGUUAUACUGAGAGGUGUCAACAAAAGUAUGAUAUACACAGCCUCUAUUAUUAGUUAUGCCCAUAUUUGGGUUACUGGCAUUAUGGGCUGGAAAACACAUAAUUUUGUAUGUUUGAUCAACACAGAAUAAGAUGUAAGAUACAAAAUACUAGGUAACAUAUCAUGUUUAUUUGAAUUUAAUAGCAAAUUCCAACUAGUCACAUACUAUGUAGUAUUUUAAGUAUAAAUGGUGUUUGCACAUACAUGUAGCAAUAAUGUUGUAUUUAGUCAAGAUUUCUACGUCAUUGACAUAAUAAUUAUUAUUAUUAUGAUACCUACAGAUACAGAAUCUUUUACAAGAUAUGUAAAUGUUAUUCAAUGUGACCCAAGCAUUAGAAGGAUGUAAGAUUUGUCUAGAUCGUAUAUUACAGACGUUAUGUGGAUUUGAAAUAUUGCACUAGGGUUUGAAAGACUAAUUGCAUAAGGGAAUUUAUUUACCUAAUAGUAAAAUAGGUAUGUGUAGGAUAGGUGUAGUAAUACGUGUGUUUGGCUAGUCAUUUGAGGGGCUUGGUUUACUAAAUUUAUAAAAGUAUUAUUUUGUGCAUGCAUUUGGUAACAGAAUUUGUAGAAUUGAUAUCAGUAAUUGGAAGCUCUGCUAUUAAAGGGAGGCAACUAAAGCUAACAUGAUAAAUGUGUUGUGAAGGACAUAUUUCCCUUAUUGCAGCUCCUUGAUAUAGGAACAUGAAAGAUACAUGUAGAUAAAGUUGAAAGUCAAUGAUUUAAUAGCAAUUGUAAUACAUUUGAAAGUUUCAAUACAAAAAAAAUCUAAUGGAAUUAAAUUUCUAAAAAUCCUCACCUGUGUGUAGUGUGUGUCGCAUCAAAUGCUCAUCCAUUACCAUAUCAGUAUACUGUUGAAAUGUCAUGUUAAGACAACACAUUACACACUAUAUACGAUGUUAUGAACUAUCUCUGUAUGGUAGAUGUAAAGAAUGUUAAUUGAAAAUAUGAAGGUAGAUUUGGAGAUACAAGAUUUGUUUAGAUGAACAUAAUUUAGUGCCAUACAUGUACAGUUCAUGCUGGUGUAGCUUUAAAUUCCUAUGAAAGAGUGCACUUUCAGUAUUGAAUUUCUAACAAGAAGAUUUUUGAGUACAUAGUAUUACAUUGUCAGUAGUUGUUCAAGCUGUGUAUAAUUAAUGAAAUUAAUAUUACCAUAUCAUUCUGGCUAUAAAAAAUAUCACAUUAAAAUGUUUAAACCUUUUUAAAGAUAAAGCUCUAUAUUCUUGUUACCCGGUAAUUUCUCUUCCAACUCUGUAAGGAAUAUAAAAGACAGCAACCCCUGAAACUUCAAGGAUGUACCAAGAAAUCAAGCAUCUAUAAGGCAUCCUAUGGGAUCAGAUAUCUAGUCAGGCUGUAUUAUAUAUAACAGGCCAAAUUUCCCAUGCAAAUAUUGUGGUACAAUACUAUUGAUAUAUCCCUCCUACAAGACACAUGCCAAUGAGCCAUGUCACUGUCCUCGUUAGCUCUACUGAGACAUCAGUCUAUUGUACACGGUACCGGUGUCAUGCUAUUGUUUCCAGGCUUAUAAAUCCUCUCACAAAACUUAUAAUGUGUAGAUGGCAGAGAUUUUCAUUUACCUUCCUUUCAGUUACUUCCCCCUUCGAAGAUAAAUUGCCUAUCAUUGAUUCUCUGAUUGAGAUUGUGUUGCAAAUUAUUAUACAGAUUAUUUAGUGUUAGUUAAACAACAUUCCUCGGAAUUACAUUUUGAUCGUCUUAAAUGAUAAUAUUCAUCUUGAAUGGAUUAAUAUCAAUUUGAUGUGCUGAUGAACAGAAGUGUUUUGAAUUUUUGAAAGUAAAUUUGUUGUUGCUAGACUGGAUUAUUUUGAUUUUCUUUUGUUUACAAUAAUGUUUACAUUAUAGUUUUAUUGUAUCUUUCCAUUCUAGGUGUGAAAAGUGCUACAUUACUGUACAUACAUUCUCAUGAAUAUAUAAAGCUACGUAUAUUGUACUUCUGACAACUCAAUAUCUAAAUAGAAAUAUUUUCUGUUGAUUACCUGGAUAUGAAUUGUAAACCGGUGGUUUUGUCAUCAAAUAUUCAGGGGUAAUCCACUUCUACAUAAUUUUCAUCACAUUGAUACAGCUUUGGGGCGAUUUGUUGUAUCAGUUUAUAUUUAUACUACAUGUGCAAUGAAUCUUGUAUGUUCAUUUACAACAUACAAUGAAACCAAGUACAUCUGAAAUGCUGAUUCACAGUGUCGGGGAACAUUGUGUUUUGUCUAGUAAGCCUAUAAAUGUUUAAAAGCUGGAUUUGAGGUACAAUAAAUAUGAUAAGUUUUUUGAGAAUAAAGCAUUUAAUGUAAUCAAAGAAUGCUCAUUGCUCAGUAUUAACAUUUAAGUGAUAAUCAUUUGAUUUUACUUCAAUAAAUAUUUUAUGUAUGACUA